GCUGUUACUGACGGUAAAGUCGUGAGAUUUUGUCAUUUAAAUGAAUAAAUAAGGAUUAAUUUGUGGUAUUUAACUACAGCUCCCAUGAGGCGUUCACAGGCGGCCACUGGUUUUUGGGAUAUUCCCGCCCAGCUCGUGGAUUAUCGCUGAUCAAUGCUGAUUGACGUGCCCACCGUUCAAUCAGAGGCGGCAGAGAGGCGCGCGGCCAACCCUGAGUGGUGGGGGGCGGGGCCGCAAAGGGAGGGGGCAGGGCGCGAGGUAUCAUGGAGGAUCAGUAGGCAAACUGUGGCCAUCAGAGGAAAGCAGCUACCGCUCUGAUCCCAGGGAGUUUCUCAACUGUCCAUAGCCCGUUAUCCUAAUCAGCGCACACCGGAUACUUCAACAUGGACAUGAAGAAGAGGAUCAACCUGGAGCUGCGGAACCGGAGCCCGGCGGAGAUAGCAGAGCUGGUGGUUGAUAACAGUCGCUCUGCAGAUGGGGAGGUUGAAGGUCUGACGGACGCGUUCACAGAGCUCGAGUUCCUCAGUAUGGUCAAUGUGGGUCUAAGCUCGCUGGCUAAACUGCCCUCACUGCCCAAACUACGCAAGUUGGAGCUGAGUGACAACAAUCUGUCUGGUUCUCUGGAGACUCUGUCGGAGAAAUGUCCCAACCUGACCUACCUCAACCUGAGCGGGAACAAGAUCAAAGAACUGAGCAAUGUGGAGGCACUGCAAAACCUGAAGAGCCUUCAGAGUCUGGACCUGUUCAACUGUGAGAUAACAUCUCUGGAGGACUACAGGGAGAGUGUGUUUGAGCUGCUGCCUCAGGUCACCUACCUGGACGGUUUCGACCAGGAGGACAAUGAGGCGCCUGACUCCGAGGCUGAAGACGAAGAUGAGGACGGCGAGGACGGGGCAGGGCCCACUGGAGAGUACGACGAGGAAGACGAUGAAGAGGAGGACGAGGACGGCUCAGAGGGAGGAGAGGUGGGACUGAGCUUUCAGGUGAACCGGGCCGAUCAGGACGAGGAAGACGAUGAGGAUGACUAUGCAGAGGAGGAGGAGGAAGAGGACCAGGCGGGCGUUCAGGGACAGAAGAGGAAGAGAGACGCGGACGACGAAGGCGAGGAUGAUGACGACGAUGAAGACGACUAGUCCUCCAGCUGAUGUGUCGUCUGUGUGUCGUCCCGUCCUGUUUCUGUCCGUCUCAGUCCACCUCUGGACGUGUCCUUCGCCACACAAAAAACAACAAACAAACAAACAACAACCGGCAACAGAGACAGCGGCAACAGGAACUGUGUGAUCUGCGAUAGUUUGUUUCAGUUUGUAAUAGAAUCUCACUUCUUUAUUUUUAGAUAAUAUAUAAGAAGAUUUUAUCAGAACUUCACCUGUUGAUACCCGAUUGAAGAGUCCACGUGUUUCCCUUUAAACCUGGUUCAGCGUCACAGUCUGUCCCCUGUCCACAUCCUGAACUCUGACUCAUCUAAACGCCUCACUGGAUGACUGAAGUCUGGCAGCAAACCUACCGGCCAAAAACAAAUCUACAAGUCCCGCCCUGCUGCGAACAGACUUCCUGUUAGCAGAGAUGUUUGAGAAAAGGUGUGACUACAGAAUGAUGUCACUUCCUCUCCUCUGUCAGGCUAGAUUUGGGUGUUGCGUCUCGGUGGUCGGCUUGGCUAUAGCUCCUGCUUGUAUCAAGAAGCCGUCGGGUGUGUUUUCUACUUCAGGGACCGGAUGCUCACUCUGGGAAAAACAAAACUUGUGUCCAACAUCAGGUGGUGGAAUAAAGAGCCUCCUGACGAAGCUUCCUGCUGUAGUCCAGUUCAGACUGCAAGACCUCUGAGAUGUUGCUGGUCUAAUACACAAUCACAUCACACAGCUGGUUUUAAAGCCUACAUGCUCCAGUUUCUGAUUAAUCAGGGAAAAGCACGGCUGCUGCAAACGUGUUACCAUAGUUACUAAAUGAUCUCGGGUAAAUACAGGCUAAACAUCACUGAUACAGAUCAGGAGAUCCAGACUGAACCAGACUGAGACGUAGUUUCUCUUACUCCUUUUCUGCCAACAUGGAACGGGUUCCAUUCGGGUUCCUGCACCUAAUUUUGAACCAUUCAGAGCAUUUUGACCAAAAAUAAAUUCACUCAGAAACUGAAAAGUUGGUUCUCAACUGACACACACAAAAAAAAUUAGCAGGUUGUUGUUUACCUGAGGUACCAACCAUGAUGUCAUCAGUGGGUGUGUCAUAUUCUAGAGGUUGGAAGGAGAGGAUGGAGAAGGCAACAAUAUCAUGGAAAAAACGACAUGCAGUAGUCUCAGUAAUAGUUGGCUUGUUUUUGGAUAAAAUAAGCAUAAAUUGUAAUAACAGAACAAAAGUUUGCAGGUAAUCAAUGUGAUCCGUCAUCUUGCCAAUACUGUUUAAUUCUCUUUUGCAAUUCACAGCAACUUUCAUUGGUGACGCAUCUUUGAUUACAAUGGUUCAGAUCAAAACUGGUUCCAAGAAUCCUAACGUAACCGGUACCAGAACGACAGGGAAUUUGUCGGAAAAGCCGUAUCUGUCUGGUUGUUUAAGAGUUUGAUUGGCAGCUUUCACACAAGGCUGAAAGAACUGAACCGGAUAGGUUCCUGAAAUCACGUGAAAACCUGUCAUCAAAAUGUAACACCCAUGCCGCCCAUGAUCUCGUCCCACUGGCUAUCCUGUUUAUACAGACUGUUUCUGUGCUGUUACUACCUCCACUGCCAGCUUUGAGGUGAGACAACUCUUGUUCCCCCAUUCCACGAUUGUACUUUUUACACAGCCGGGUGAGGCGGGAUAGCGGCGUGAAAUUCCUGCAUCAUAGAGGCUGUGUAAAAGGUGCUUACAACACUUGUAGGUGUAUAUGCCGUGCCAUCCGGGCCCUAUUUCAGAAAGUAGAAUUAGUGAUAACUCUGAGAAUGUUAAGCCUGAGAUGAGGGAAACUCUGAGUUUUCUGUUUCACAAAGCCAGUUCAGCAAAACCCUGAGUCAGUUAUGGCAACAUACUCCGUGAAGCAAACCUGCUGGCUCGCAGGUUUGCUUCAUCUAAGCCUGAGGCUGAUCACCCACUGAGUGUGUAGCAGGAAGUAGAAACACGGCGUGUCCCUGUGAAUAAAGUUGUGGACGUUGAGGCAGUUUAUUCAGAGGCUGUUGCGUAAGGAGAUGGUCAUUAGACCCCGUUUGGAUGUCUCUCUGUGAAGUGUCUGUAUGAAAGACACAAUUUCACCUCACAGUCUAUCAUUUAUCUAACAAUCUGUUCCACCCAGAUAUAUCAAAUUACACAUCGCGGAUUUGCAUUAUCAUCGGAGCAAAUUUUAUGCUUUGCCCUUCAUCAUGGGGCAUCAGUGGCUCCGUGGAUGUAGCGGGGCACCAUGAUCCCACGCCCAGCCCCUGAUGCAGCAGCUCCGGAUUCAAGUCCAGCCUGCAGAUUUUUGCUGUGUGUCGUUCCGUCUCUCUCCCCUAAACGUUAUGCUGUUUUGCCAUUACAGGCAAAAAAAAAAAAUCAUUAAAAAAAAGGUGGAAUUCUACAGAACUGCAGGUUUGUCAGUGUUAAUAAGAAAUUCAUCCACGUGGACACAUUAUGCAAUGAUUCAUGAACACUAUUCAUAUAUUCAAAGAUUCUGCCGUGUAAUUGGCUCAUUUAUGGGACUCACAUCCCAUCAUAGCUCCAUCUGAAAAUAAAGGAGAUUACAUGAAGACGUCAUUUCUCAGCAAUUCAGUUAACCUCAGCCUAAUAUUGAUAUCUUUGUGCUUGAUUUUGAGUUGCUGCCCAGUGUGUUUGGGCCCCAUCAUCACUGAGAAUCAUGUUAUCUGUACUCCAUUAAUGAUGUCUGUUGGUGUUCACUGUGAAUGCGCUUCCCUCAGGCUGAACAUACUCAGAGUUGAUUAAGGUAAUUCUGCUCAACUGUUCUGGAACCGAAAACUCAAAGUUUGCCAGCUCAGGCUCAGUCAACUCGGAGAUUGGGAUCAGGCUCAGAGUUUGUUGAGCCUGCUUUCUGAAAUAGGGCCCAGCUCAGGAAAAAUUGAAUCCCUGGUACCUACAGUACUGGAGAAAAACAAACACAACAGGUUUGGCUUUGACUUGGUACCGAAGACAGCCCUGAUUUGAUCUAGUUUAGGAGUUGUCUUGUAAACUGGUUCUGAGAUCAGUUGUGUAGUUUGGGUUUAUCACCAUGACACUAAUCUGGGAUUGAAAACUCAGAGCUCUUGAAGGUCUUGUACUCUGCUCUGGACUUAAUUUGAUUUGUACAAGCUGGACCUGCUGUCCUGAAACGUCUCCCACCAAAGUCUUGAUUCAUCGCGAAUGUCUCAACGAGGAGUUUUAUCUGCAGGUGAAACAUAAACCUCUGAACACAGAAAUGAUUCUGCACAAACAGGAAGUGAAGAGCCAGCUUGUUUCAUAUCAUCUGUCUGUCUUCUUGGGCUUCAAACUGGACAGCCAGACCACAUCCGAUCUGAUCUUUGAAAAUCAUCCUUCAGGUUUUUGCAGAGGACCAGAACCCGGUUCUUCCUGCAGCCAUAUCUGAUUCUGGACUCUAACAGGAGAGGAGAGCGCCCCUUCAGGAUAUCAGUGUGUCUAACACCCAAUCAGGGACAUCACAUGUUUCAGGAUCUUCAUCGACCAUCGUGUUUUAACCCUUUAGUCCCUGAACUCAAUAGCGAUCACAUUGACUCUGCUGUCUCUGCCCCGUUAGAAACAUGCAGACCUGCUGUAGCUCAGGUCCACAUAGGAGAUGAUGUUCCCAGUGUGUAUUUGAUUUAUUGUAGGGAUUUUCCAGGGAAGAUUAGGGGGUGGGUGGGAGGAAAUAUUUGUUCUGAUGUGUUUGGUUUUUUUUGUUUUGUUUCGUCUCUGAACAGCAGCUACUGUUGUUUUUUAGUUUGGCUUGUCCUCAAACUGCCCGUCCUCUCGUGAUGUUCAGACCACCGCAAUGUCUCACUUUAGGCCCCGCCUCCUGAAAAUAGCCCCGAACCUCACUGCAGCUCCUCCUCAGAGGAAACGCUUAAUUUUCACAUAGACCAAAACCUGCGGUGCGUUCAGGUACUUCUUGAGUCAGAAAACUUACCUGCAGGUGGAAAUUAAAUUUUCCGGAAUUCAAAGCAGCUAAAGUAAAACUGAGAAAGAAGACACUUAACUCUUAAUAAAGUCGUCUGAGUGGCGCCAAUCAGACCUUUAUACAAUCAUGUUACACCCUAUUGGUCAUGUGACCCACUUAAACCCAACUUAAAUUGUAACUGAACAAACUGUCAGAGAUCACCUGAACGCACCGUUGAAGUGGAUUAUGGGAUACUGAGGGCUCAUUGACCCAUUACGAUGGAGGUGGAGCCUGAAACGGACACACCUGUUGCGUCUGAUUCAGGUGUCACUGCUCUGCGUUGAAUUCUGAAGCCAUGCAGGCAGCAACUUUUUACGCUCUACUUUCUCUGUGUCUGUUUCAAACAGGACCAAACCUGAGCUGACAGGAAGUAAUUGGUAAUCACAUAAAUUGUUUAUUGAAAAUAUGAUUAUCAUACAGAAAAAAAGUAGUGUCCUUAAAAGUAUAUUUCUGCAUUUCAUUCGUUUAUCUCCUGAUGAGUGAGUUUUUCUUGUCCUGAUGAUGCAGAACUUUGAACUAAACUGCUUUUGAGUUUUAGCUUUUUUCUCGUUUACACUCUUAAAAACCGACGCACCACUUUUCAGAGCUUUCAUGUGUCCAGUACUUAGGUGGAGAGUUUGUCCUGUGCAACUCUGUGAGGAGAACAAUCAUGGGAAUUAAAGACAGGAGGUUUUUGCCCUGCUUUUACGUUGUUGAACGACUGAAGAAGUCUACAGACUCACUUGUGUGAUGGUUUAAAUACAGUGAAGUGAGGAUGUUACACGUUAUACAUUAAAUCACCUUUAACAGCAGAAUUUAGCUGACACGUCCAUGUUUGUUUUGUGUCCAGGCAGUUUCGUAUCAGUCCGAUAUUUAUCAGAGCUUUUGUAAUUAAAACUUGGAUGUCAUCAUGGAUGCUUUUAGGUGUGUCGCAAUAUACCAGAUAAUCAUGAUAUUUAAAAAUGACUGUUAAUGUUAAUAAUACAGAUAUGAUAAUAUCAUGUAAAUUGACACUUCUAAAAUCAUUUUUGUUUAUUUCAGUCUGACUAUGACUUAGCCUCUGGGUCAACGGCAAGCCCCCAGGUGGGCUUUGCUUUGAAGCCGAUCUCUGUAGUGGCCAAACAGUGCAAUUACAACAGCCGGGUCCGUCACGUGAUGCCACACGGGACUUUUCCCCGCAGACUUACAUUGGUAAAGAGAUGUCUGUAAAUCAGUGGAUACUUUUUUUUUUUUUUGUUAACGUGACAACCCUCAACCCUUCAAACUUCACACUUUUUGAGGCCUAAAACGUUUAAUGAAGACAUCACCACAUUGCAGCGUCCUGCAGAAGACACAGGGCUGCUGUUAAGUGUUGUGUUGUUGUUUUUAAGAGUAUAAAAGGUCAAAGGUCGCGUCUCAGACCUGCUGAGGUCAGUUUUAACUGGUUUUUAAGGCAAUACUGUAAAUAGACUCUCAGCUCAGUUUCAGGUUUGUUUUUAUUUUUUAAUGACUUAAAAUAAUUUUACAGAUGUUUUGUUUUUCUGCAGCGAGGUGAUAGUUGACCUCCAACUUUGACCUUUGACCCUGGCUCACUCCUCUGUCAGCUGAUACUAUCCUCUAUCAUCGUCCUGUCUGUGGGGAAAACUGUGUUUGACUUUUAGUGUGCUGUAACAAAAACAUAUUGAAGGGUUUUGAAUAAAAAAUUAAAAGGAAAACAAA